GCCGCUCACUCGUGGAGAGGAGGAGGAGGAGGAGGAGGGAGGCAGCCAGAGGGAAACUGCCCUGGGGAUUAAUAAGAGGCAGGAGGAGGGAGAGGUGCACGCAGGCAAACAUCUGGACCAUGAAGUUGGCCUUUAGCUUGCUUCUCCCACUUGUUCUCGUGCUGAUCUCAGAGGUGAGUGGGCAGCGGAGGAAGCCUCCACGGAAACCCACCCGCCCGCCUCCUGAGCCCAUCGAGCCUGUUGAACCCGUGGAGCCCACCGAGCUGCCCCCACCCCUGCCGCCCGGCCCACCCUCCAUCUUCCCUGACUGCCCCCGAGAAUGCUACUGCCCCCCAGACUUCCCCUCUGCCCUCUACUGUGACAGCCGCAACCUACGGAAGGUCCCCAUCAUCCCGUCCCGCAUCCACUACCUCUACCUCCAGAACAACUUCAUCGAUGACCUCCCGGAGGAGUCCUUCAGGAACGCCACAGAGCUGAAAUGGGUCAACCUCGACAACAAUCGCAUCCGGAAAGUGGACAGGCGGGUCCUGGAGAAGCUGGAAAACCUCAUCUUCCUCUACAUGGAGAAGAACCAGCUGAAGGAGGUGCCUGCCUUCCUGCCGCCCAACCUGGAGCAGCUGCGCCUGAGCAGGAAUCAGAUUUCCAAGAUCCCUGCUGGGGUCUUCAACAAGCUGGAGAACCUGGUGCUCUUGGAUCUGCACCACAACAAGCUCAGUGAUGGAGUUUUCAACAAAAACACCUUCAAAGGACUCAAGAAUCUCAUGCAACUCAACCUUGCCCACAAUAUCCUGAGGAAAAUGCCGCCUGGGGUGCCCAGUGCCAUCCACCAGCUCUUCCUGGACAGGAACAACAUCGAAGACAUCCCCAGUGACUAUUUCAAGGAGUUUCCCAACCUGGCGUUCAUCCGGCUCAACUACAACCAGAUCUCUGACAAGGGGCUCCCCAAGAACUCCUUCAACCUCACCAACCUGCUGGUGUUGCACCUAGCUCACAACAAGCUCACCAACGUCCCUUUCAUCAGCGCCAAGCUGGAGCACCUCUACCUGAACAACAACUCCAUUGAAAAAAUCAAUGGGACGCAGAUCUGCCCCACCUCACUGAUGUCCAUCCAGGACUUCUCCCCCUCCGACCUGGACAGCGUGCCCCGGCUCCGGUACCUGCGGCUGGACGGGAACCUCCUGAAGCCCCCCAUCCCCUUGGACCUGAUGAUGUGUUUCCGCCUCCUGCAGUCCGUGGUUUUCUAACCCUGCGUGCCUCUCCUAUGACUUGGCUUUGCACAAAGACUUGAACCCCAUCAGCUUUUGACACUCGGGACUCUCUUUGCUUCCCCCUUUCCUCGCUCACACCCUGGCCUCUCUGUUCCUCAUCCCCUCCCUCCCCCCUUUCCUUGCCUGCAGUGGCUUCUGUGUCCCCGGGGGUUGUCUGCAGGACAGCAUCAUGUUGCAGCAUCUGUCCCAGGUCCCAGCAUCAGCCUGGGCUGCAUGGGGGGCUGUCACCUCUCACUAUGCUGUCACACUCCUGUCACCCUGCCCCUGCCCUCACCCCCUCCCCUCCCCACCUGGCCCUUUGCCAGCACUGGAGCUGGCUUCAUCUCUCCCCUGGACCUGGCAGUGUUUGGGGAGGAUGGGCUCGGUCCUAGCCAAAGCAUGUCCUGAUGGAGCUGAUGAAGAGGCUGUUUGGGGAAGGGAUGGCACAGGAGCGAGCGGUGCUGCAGGACAGCAAUCACACAGCCCUGUGAUGGAGCUAUUUCAGCUCAGAGCAGCAGUAUUCUGCACCAACACCAAACCCAAACAGCCACGAAAGCCGAGACCGGCCUAUGUGGGGACAGCUGCAUCCCUGCGCUCGGGGCUGCAGCACGCGCUGAGGCUGACUCCCGGCUUUGGGAAGCGCAGCCCUCCGUCCCCGCACCGCCUCCCAUCAAUCCAAGCGGGUUCUGUGGUCACAUCCAACCGACGGCGGCGGAGCGGUGCUGCGGGUCCCAGCCCGAUCCCGGGGCGUUCCCCCAAGGUCCCGCGGCCUCCGCCCGGUUCGGUGCGCUGGGCGCCGG